CGUCUGAGUCGGGGAGGGGAGGGGAGGGGAGGGGAGGGGAGGGUCGAGUCGGACCGGACCAGAUUGGGUUCUGUGGGGCGGAGGCAUCUGUGAGCAGACCAGCCAGCCAGCGCGGGUGACAUCACCGACCACCCUCCCCCGCCCGAGCCCCCUCCCCUCCUCUCCUCGCCGCGCCUUUUGUCCCGGCCGAGCUCCGCUCUGCCCCGCCCAUCUGCGAGGGAGGAGACUCCCGUCAGUGACUUCAUUGAGUAGGUUCUUGGGGAUUGGGGUCGGGUCCUCCCCAGUGAGAGGCGACAGGAGCUCACUGUCUCUCGGGCCCUCACAAUCACACCUGUCACAGGUAUACACGCUGCCACUCACAAACACACGCUUGCACUCCCAGCCUCACUGACACGCUGCCAUACAGCCGCUCACAGCCAGCCAGACACUGCUGCACCUGAGAGCAGGUGGCCGCGGGUCUUCUCCCUUCACUCUCCACACUUGGGGAUCAGGUCCGGCACCUGCUGCGCCAGACAGGCCUUGCUGGGCACGCGCCUCUGAGAGUCCAAGGAGGUGGCUUCCAGAGCUGCAGCACUUCAGGCCGGCUCCGGUGGAGCGAUCAGAGAAACAAGGAGACCAGUGCUGGUCCAGUGGCUGUGAUGGGAAAAGAUUAUUACAAGAUUCUUGGGAUCCCAUCGGGGGCCAACGAGGAUGAGAUCAAGAAAGCCUACCGGAAGAUGGCCUUGAAGUACCACCCAGACAAGAAUAAAGAACCCAACGCUGAGGAGAAGUUUAAGGAGAUUGCAGAGGCCUAUGAUGUGCUAAGUGACCCCAAGAAACGGGGCCUGUAUGACCAGUAUGGGGAGGAAGGCCUGAAGACCGGCGGUGGCACAUCAGGUGGCUCCAGUGGCUCCUUUCACUACACCUUUCAUGGGGACCCCCAUGCAACCUUUGCCUCCUUCUUUGGUGGCUCCAACCCCUUCGAUAUCUUCUUUGCCAGCAGCCGCUCCACUCGGCCCUUCAGUGGCUUUGACCCAGAUGACAUGGAUGUGGAUGAAGAUGAGGACCCAUUUGGCGCUUUCGGCCGUUUUGGCUUCAAUGGGCUGAGUAGGGGUCCAAGGCGAGCCCCAGAACCACUGUACCCUCGGCGCAAGGUGCAGGACCCCCCAGUGGUGCACGAGCUGCGGGUGUCCCUGGAGGAGAUCUACCAUGGCUCCACCAAGCGCAUGAAGAUCACGAGGCGUCGCCUCAACCCUGAUGGGCGAACUGUGCGCACCGAGGACAAGAUCCUGCACAUAGUCAUCAAGCGUGGCUGGAAGGAAGGCACCAAGAUCACCUUCCCCAAAGAGGGCGACGCCACACCUGACAACAUCCCUGCUGACAUCGUCUUUGUGCUCAAAGACAAGCCCCAUGCACACUUCCGCCGAGAUGGCACCAACGUGCUCUACAGUGCCCUGAUCAGCCUCAAGGAGGCGCUGUGUGGCUGCACUGUGAACAUUCCCACUAUCGACGGCCGAGUGAUCCCUUUGCCCUGCAAUGAUGUCAUCAAGCCAGGCACCGUGAAGAGACUCCGUGGGGAGGGCCUUCCCUUCCCCAAAGUGCCAACUCAGCGGGGAGACCUCAUUGUUGAGUUCAAAGUUCGCUUCCCAGACAGAUUAACACCACAGACAAGACAGAUCCUUAAGCAGCACCUACCCUGUUCCUAGGCUCUGCCCCAGCCAGUCCAGAGCCUACCACAGCAAUACCCCCAACACUCACUCCACUCAAUGUGCACCCAGCUUGAUGUCCACUGGACACUGGCAACUUUUUCUAAAAUGCAAAAAAAAGCCACUGGUUUUCAGGAAAAUGUUCCUGUCCCUGACCCCUUUCAGAGCUGGGCUGCCUGGGGGGAGUGGGAGGGAGGUGGGGAGAGCUAGCCCAGGCCAGGGGUCAAUGUUCAUGUCACUAGCUUUCAAUCCAGUUUCCACUGCAGUGGCUGGAGAGUGACCUGAGUGCUACUUGAAGAUAUGUAGAGAUUCCUUAUCCAUGCCUGUACAUAGCAUGUCCUCCUCCCCUCAGCUUUGCUAAUACCAGUCCCCUCCCUUCCCUUUGGCUUCCUGCUGUUGGGGGUGGAAAAGACUAGAAAGGACAUUGCUUUCUCAGCCCCACCCCCAGGUCCACAGUGUCCAAGGUAAUGGCACACAUAUUCAUGCACAAGAAGCACUCACCUAGAGCUGUCUGUGCCUCUCUGGGAGAAAGGAGAGAGGAUAAGAAGGGAAAGUUCACAACCUGUGAACAGGGACUUGAGCACGAGACACUUUUCAUCUGGAGCAGGGGGGUGAGCUCCUCAGCAGCCUCUGUAACAGCUGCCCUGCCUACACCUGCACAGCUGGAGGUUCUGUCCUCCCUGCUGCUCUCAGGAGUGUUCAAGGGUGGAGGGCAGGGAAUGGGGCCUGAGGUAUUAAGGCUAAGAGGUGGGGGACAGGGCCCAUCUCCCAGCCUUCAUCAGGAAGGGAAAGGGCUUUGGGGUCAGGUGGCAGCUAUUCCCCACCAAGAGAUUCAGGGUCACAGGUUUUUCCCCACACCUCUGAACUCAGGGCCUAGCCACCCCCAAACUUCCAAAUCCCACUUUUGUGAUAUGUGAAGCUACUCAUUUCUUACCCUUGGAGGCUGUGUGGGGAAUUUCCAGCCCUUUUAUGCCUGUGUGAUCCCACCCCACCCCCACAGUUGUAUAAAGGUCAUAGUGAAGGAGCUGGGGGAAGCCUGCUUCAGCCAGAUCCUGGGGUGGGGUCUUUAGGUUUUCUCACUUUGACAACCCCCGAAUGUUUUUAUAGUAGUUUUUUUGUAUUUUUUUGUAAUGACAGUAUUAUGUAAAAAAUAAAGUAUUUUAAAAAUA